UACUGCAGGCCUAGCAGCGUUCAGCCAUUUCGAUGCCCAGCGGGGUAGUGCACACCCGCCCGGGCCAAGUGCUGCCCACAGCCGCUUCUUCUCAUGGCAGGAUCGCGGCCAAGAGCCUGGAGGAGCGCCAGGACCGCCCCGCCCGGAGGAACGCAGCCGGGGGCGGGACCUCGCGGGCAGCUUGCCCGUCACGCACGCCGCGCGGGGGCGGGGCCCUGGCGCGCGCGGGAAGUGCUGCGGGGCGGGCGGUCGGCCUCAGCCGCUUCGCGUCGUGGCCCUUUCGGUAGCCGGCUACUCGCCCACCUUCAAAAGGCGGCUGGAGACAGUGCGGCUCCGACGGAAAAGGUCCCGGAGCCAAGAAGCCGCCGACUCCCGGUCUCCCGAGCUGCGGAGCCGACGCCUCGCCACGCCGCACUGGCGGCCGUGCUGCCCCUCGGGCCACUCCCGGCCGCCGGCGGCAGAGUGGGCGGUCCGACCGCGGCCCGCAGGAACCCCUUCGCCUGCCUGGACAAGCGGCUGCGGGUCGCCAUGGAUGCCCGGGACGGGCUGCCCCGCGGCCAGCAGGCGGCGCCGGGCUCGAUACUAAUCAAGAAAAUGAUUUGCCAUGGGAAGAGAAGUCAUCUGAAAGUACAACAGUUACUGAACUUCCCCAGGCUUUACCCUUAUCAUUCUCUGAAUCGGAUAGUCUGUCCUCAGAAAAUACUGAGUUACCUUUGGACUGGAGUAUUAAAACCUGACUCCUUGUGACCUCUUCUCAACUCUUUACCUGGGCAGAUCAUUUGAAAGUGCAGGAAGAGGCUCAAGGUCGUAUCCAGCAUUGUAGAGCAACAGAAGUUACGUUGCCUCAAAGUAUAAAGGUACACGGUGCUGCAGUCUUCUAAAAGUAAUCCCACAAGAUUUUCUGGAAUAACUAACCAAGUGGACCUUCCCUACUACUGAAAGAACAGUAAAUCUUGUGCAUGAAACCAAUAGUAAGCUCAACCUAGAAGCCUUUAAAAACUCAAUUUCACUGUAAUUUCUUUUGUUCCAAGAUUUUUGUUAAUUGCUUAAAUGAGUUGUUUUAUUAAAUUGUUAAGUAAACAUUGUGUAUGUUUAUGGUAUACAGCAUGAUAUUUUGAUAUAUGUAUACAUUGUGGAUUGGCUAAAUCAAGCUAGUUAACAUUUGCAUUACCUCACAGACUUUUUUCUGAGGCAAGAACACUUAAAAUCUACUCUUGGUAAUAUUCAAGUAUACAUUGUAUUGUUAUAUAAUUACUAUAGUACAUAGUAGAUUUAACUUAUUCCUCUUAUCUAAAAUUUUGAAUGAUUUGGCUCAAAUCUCCCAAACCUUCCCCACACGCAGUCUCUGGUUUCUGCUUCCAUGUUUGACUUGUUUGGAUUCCAUGUGUAAGUGAGAUCAGACAGUAUUUCUUCCUUCUGUUCCUCGCUGUAUCUGUAACUACAUUCUUUCCAGUAAUCCUCCCCCUUUAAUAGUAUGACUAGGCCCCUACUGUUUUGUUAUAAUCAUCAUUUUCUCAUUUACCCAGUUAACACACACUUAUUCCAUUAUACCUUAUAAAAUUCUCAAUCACUGUUAUCUUGUGUGUGUGUGUGUGUGCGCGCAUAAAAUCAUAUUGUUGCAGAAAUCAAUCUUCUUCUAAAUCUUGGUUUUAAUUCUCUAACAUCUCCUAAAGCUGUUUUAGGUAGUAGAAGGUAAUUCUUUUUUACUCUACAUUAUCUUUUUGAUAGACUUCUAAGAUUUCUUCCAACUCGGAAGUAAUUUUUGACUCAAGACAGUCCUGUGAUACAACUUACUGAGAAAGGUUGCUGUUUUAGAUUUCCUUCCACAACAUCAUCUUGUGAUAUCUUAAGAACUUCUUUCUUCAUCUGUAUUUCUACCAUGUUUUAACUCUUCUAUCUAAUUUGUGUAUAUUGGAGAUACAAUACUUUCAGAGUUCUAAUAAUUAAUUAUGGAGCUGCAUGACACUUUGCUUUAGUCUAAAAGGAAUGACAAUAGUUAUUAGUUCUUGGCUUGGUAUACUAUGUUAACAUAAUAAAGACCUUUCUUGUUCCAAAAUAA